CGAGGGCGGUGCCUCGGCGCGGCGGGUGCCCGGAUGUGGGUGGCUCCGCCCCCGCUGCCGAGCGUUAUCGCCGCUCGCGCCCCAUCCCUCCCUCGCUCUCUCGCUCGCGGUGCGCCGUUGCGGGUCAGCGCGAGCCACUGCCGCAGUGAGGGAACCGCAGCCCAGGCCGGAGCCGGAGGUCAGCUGAGGGGCCCGAGGCGCGGCGGCGGCGACGCCGAACAAGCACAUCGAAACCGGGGGCUCGGUGGAUUCAGCUGCGGGAGAGACGCCUGACGCCCACCCGCCGCCAUGGGAAAUGAGGCAAGCUACCCUUUGGAAAUGUGCUCCCACUUUGAUGCUGAUGAGAUAAAACGACUAGGAAAGAGAUUUAAGAAACUUGAUUUGGACAACUCUGGUUCUUUGAGUGUGGAAGAGUUCAUGUCUUUACCUGAAUUGCAACAGAACCCAUUAGUACAGCGAGUAAUAGAUAUAUUUGACACAGAUGGAAAUGGAGAGGUGGACUUCAAAGAAUUUAUAGAAGGAGUCUCUCAGUUCAGUGUCAAAGGAGAUAAGGAGCAGAAAUUGAGGUUUGCUUUUCGCAUUUACGAUAUGGACAAAGAUGGUUAUAUCUCAAAUGGAGAACUCUUCCAGGUGCUGAAGAUGAUGGUUGGGAACAAUCUCAAAGACACUCAGUUACAGCAAAUUGUAGAUAAAACCAUUAUUAAUGCAGAUAAGGAUGGUGAUGGAAGAAUAUCCUUUGAAGAAUUCUGUGCUGUUGUAGGAGGCCUAGAUAUCCACAAAAAGAUGGUCGUAGAUGUGUGACUCUGUAGGGCACCACCCAACACUUUUGCUUUCUUCUCCAUCUCUGAAGAUCUGCUCAAGACGUCCAGCAAUGCUCUCUGUGUAUUUAAAUGGAAGUAUUUUUCUCUGUGAAGCCACAUUUUCCAACAUGAGCCUCAUGAAGCCAACUAAGUGUUAUUGAACUUUUAUUCUCUCAAUAACUCGGUGUAGCACUUUAAAGUCUGAAGGACAGCAAAGAUGGAAAGAGCAUAUCAGUGUGGUGGAGAAAGGGAAGGGGUUGGCUUUUUAAUUUAUUUUUCUUCAUCUUUUAUAACAAGGAAAUAUCUAUCUAUAUAUAUAUAUGUGUGUGUGUAUUUAUAUAUAGAUAUAUAUGUAGCUUUCUAUAUGUAGUAGCUAGGUGGGCUUUAAUUUAAUAUACUUGAUUCAGAAACAAAACUAGAGUACAAAGUGCCAAGCAGAAUAUUAACAGUUCAAUAUACGGAUAUACAUCCUUACUUUUAUUUCACACAGUUUUAUAUAUAUAGUAGAAGAAUGUAAAAUUUUAAUUGCGUGUUAGGUCAACUCUUUUCCUGUUCCUGUGACUGUUCAGAUGUUUCUAUAUAUUGAAUGGCUGACAAAGCAUUGCUUCGUAUUAAUUCACCUUAAUUACAUUUUUUGUAACACAGGAGACUAAGUUUAUUUAUACCUGUUAAUAUAUUACCAGGGACUGUGUCUCUUUGCUAAAUAACUUAGUACAGUUCUACUUAGUAUGAGAAUAUAGUUUAAUGCUACUGCCAAGAAGUAGCCCUCACGUGCAUGUAGUAGCUGCAGAAUGCUUUGAUGGCUGCUAGAUUUCAUCACCUAGGAAUGCGGAGCAGUUCCAGCUGUCCUGAAGUUAAGGCAAAUCUGCUGUUCUGGAUUCGUUUUAGAUAUGGCUGCUCAAGGUGUUAGAUGCAUUCAUGAUUUUCUCUGUGCUUAGCUUAACAAAUUUAGGAUAGGUAUAACUGUGCAGGAUUCCCACCUACUUAUUUUAUACAGUACUUUGAUUACAAAAUGUUUUUGCCAUUUAAAAUUCUGUUGUUUCAAUCAUGAUAGUUUCCCCUCUGCAUUUAAAUACUACUACAAGUAGCAUAAAUAACUGGUAAUAUUUUAUAUAUAUAUAUGUAUAUAGGAUUCAUAAAGGGGGGGAAAUCUUGUUAACCUAUGCCAUAGAGGAGGAAAACUUCACACUAUCUAAAUUUAUACCUCUUGCGGUUCUCCAGUCCUUUGCCUGGAGAUGUUUUUUUCUUUUCUAGAUUUAUCCAUAUCAUAAUUUGUAACGGAUGGUAACUUGAUAUAUUUGUGUGAUAUAAAAGUAGCGAGCCAUGUUUUACAACUUUAUAUCAUCCCUUCCCUUUUCUGCAAUGGUACUAUUGGCUGGAAGAAAAAAAUAUUUGCUAGAUUUUUUAGGACAGUACAUCUUUCCUGUACAGUAGUUUUUCUAUUAAAAAAAUUGUUUUAUAAUCAGCAGUGGAAAGUGCAGGCUGUCUGAACCUACUUCAGUCAAGCACCUGUCUGCCAUAGCUGUUCCUUCAACUGAGUGCUGCACAUCAUGGGCUCUGUCUGUGAGAGAGAAAUCCAGGUGCUUGGUGUCCUUGCAUGACAUGAAGUUUUGCAUGUAGAUCGAUUUGACAUGUUCCUCUUGUUUACAUAAUUUGCAUAAUUUAAAAGAUAAUGUUGCCAAACUUUGGUAAAUGUUAAUGUUAAAAAAAAAAUCUCCACUACAUGUAACUUUUCUUCCUCUGGAUCAGUACGUGGCUUAUAAUCCCAGCCAGUGGUUGUGUCUGUUCCAGUGUCAACUGCCAUGUGCUCUGCUUCAAGGGGGAACUAGUCUUUUGUGAAUUUUUUGUACAUAAGUAUUUGUUACAAACAUUUUAGCAAAUGCUUUCAAUUUCUCUUACUUGCUUGUGCAUAUCUUGGCUGGCAUUAUAGAAAUUAGUGCUAAUGUUAUUUCCUUAGGGGGACUGGAAGGGGAGGGAUGAGGUGGUUUUUUUUGUUUUUUUGUUUUUUUGUUUUUGUUUUUUUUUUUAGUUUGUGUGGGGAAAAAUGAUUUAUGUUGAAUGUUUAGUUUUUCCUCUGCAUGCUACAUCAUAUGUUGUGGGAACUAUAAGAACCUUCAUACUAUAUGAAUACAAAAUAAAAUAUUUGAACCUUGGCUGGAAUGCUUCAGUACUUACCUGGACCUUUUGUGUUUAAUUUAAAGCAGCUCUGUAGUCUGCUUUAAAGAAAAGGAAUCUUGCUGUUCAUAGGUUUUGUUCCCUCUUUAAUCAUAAAAAUUUAUUGAAAACCUCUAUAGAGUGUAGAGUUCCUUGAGUACUUCCAGGCUUCAUUUCAGCAUUUUAAGACUGACAAUGUAUUUUUCUCUUAAAGGCACAUCUGGCUUUCUUUGCUACAUGUCCAUAUUGGAUAAAAUACCUUGUUUUAAAUCCUACCAAAUUCAGAAGUGGAUGGUGGUUUAAAAACAAGACAAACAAGUAACUUUAAUGCAGGUGCUGAAUGAAAGGCAGCUUUUUUCUCAAGAAAAGGUCAGAGGCCUCUACUGGUGAGAACAGCCCUCCCUGGAACAGGUACAUUGUUUACAGAAGCUGUUUGGUGUUGCUCUUUGUGGUGCAAUUGUUUGGGCCUUUUGUGUGCCAAUAUCUCCCUUUCUACUCUACUGGUUUUGGUUGGUUAUCAAUACGUUCCUGCUUUAGGAUAAAGGUUACAUUACUUCUGUGUGUCCUGGCCUCUCUCUCUCCUCUUAUCUUUCAAGUUAAUUGAGAUAAACGACAAGCAGUGAUAAAUGGAAAAUGUGCCAGCCAGGUGGGUGCUGGGUGUUACCUUGAGCUGCUCAGAAUGGACACACAGUGCCCUGUAUAGCUCAGCUGGCUGAGAGCUGUACAUUUAGGUAACUCACCAAGUUUUACAUCUGGAUUUUGUUGUAAGAAUCCCAUACUAUAAAGUGCUGUACUGGCAGCUCACACUGAGAGAAUGCCUUAUGCAAUGUGCUAGUGGUUUUGAUAAUUUCAUUUCAGUUUUUCUUAACAAACCUAAAUCAUUUUGCUGGGUGACAAACUUGCAUAGCAGGGCCAGGAGAGAGGGACUCCAGUUUGUGUCCAACUGUGAGUGUGGCUGGGCUCUGUCAUCUCUUUCCCUGCUCUGUUGCACACGUGGCAUUUUGAGGAGAUUCAGCGCUUUGCAGUCACAUGUGCUCUGGUACACUGGCAAGUAUUAAACCUGGUAGCUCUGUCCUGCUAGGCUGCCCUUAGAGACAACUUCUGAGAGAAUCAAAAUUAAAAUCUGUAUAGGUGCAGAUUCUAGAUUUAAGUUCAAAUGCACUAUUUGCCUCAUUAUCUUACCAUUUUGGUGUGAUACACUGUCCCAUCAGUAAGCAGAGAUUCCUUGGGCAGCCUGAACAUUACACUCUGCAUUCCGUUUGACUCUUCCUUAUUCCAGGAGAUACUGAUCCAUGAUGGGAGGGGUUAUGAACACUUAGCUAUGCUGAUUCCAUUAGGCUCAAACUCAAAGGCUUUCCAAAGUCCUCCCAGCAGUUUCUUCACUUUCAUAUUCACAAAGUCAGUAAUGAAGAUUGGUUUUGUUAGCAAGUAAGUUUCAAUAAAAUCUUCUGAUAUAGACACAACAAUUUAAAAUAACGUUUAAUGACUAUACAAAUAUUGUU